AUGUCAGAGGAAUAAGAAUUAGAUUGGGGAGUAGGUGCUCAAGCAUUAUAUGCUAUGGUUAGGGCAACAAAGGAUUGCUCAAAGAGAUGCGGGGCAUUGCAAUUGAAAAGAGACAUAAAUGACACAGAAUCAGAAUGCUUAAAAAAAUGCGCUGUGUUUCAUGCAGGAUCUUCAAGCACCCACAUGAGAUUUUUAAUAAAUUACGCAGAAACAGUGCAUCUUCAGUGA